UGGCAUUGCAUUGGAGCUGUCAGUGCAUGAAGACGGAGAAAUUCAGCAGCAGCAUCAGCACACAGUCUUAAAGCGGAGAUUCCUGGAAAGCCAGAGCUGAUUUUCCCCAGUCGCUGACGCUCACCGUUGAAGAUCUGAGAGUUUAACCUUCACAGCCAUGAACUUCCUGCGUCGUCGUCUCUCUGACAGCAGCUUCAUCGCUAAUCUGCCCAAUGGCUACAUGUCGGACCUCCAGCGUCCGGACCCGCCGCCGCCCCCUCCAGCCGACGCCAAACCUCCAUCCGGAUCCCCUGCCGCCCCAUUGGCCCCUGCAGAAAACAGGUCUCCGUCUUCAUCUCCGGCUCCAGAGCGGCGUCCGCAGCCGGCUCCAUCCAGCGGCUCCGGCUUCUUCAGCUCCAUCACUAACGUAGUCAAGCAGACGGCGGCAUCUGCGGGACUCGUGGAGCAAAGCCCUGCCACCGCUUCCCGGAAGUUCAAGAUCCUGCUGGUCAUCGACGAACCCCAGAAUGAUUGGACAAAGCUUUUUCGUGGGAAGAAGGUGCAAGGAGAUUAUGACAUCAAAGUGGAGCAGGCUGAGUUCAGUGAGAUUAAUCUGGUGGCUCAUGCUAACGGCACGUGCAGUGUGGACAUGCAGGUCAUCAGAAACGGCACCAAAGUGGUCCGCUCCUUCAAGCCUGAUUUUGUCCUGGUUCGACAGCAUGCCUACAGUAUGGCACAGAAUGAAGACUUCAGGAACAUCAUCAUCGGCUUACAGUACGCCGGCAUUCCCAGCGUCAACUCACUGGAGUCCAUCUACAACCUCUGUGACAAACCCUGGGCUUUCGCUCAGCUGAUCAGCGUCUACAAGAAAAUGGGUCCAGAAAAGUUCCCUCUGGUUGAUCAGACCUUUUACUCCAACUACAGGGACAUGAUCUCGAUGCCAACAUUCCCAGUGGUGGUGAAGAUUGGACAUGCUCAUUCUGGGAUGGGGAAGGUGAAGGUUGACAAUCACAGUGAUUUCCAGGACAUUGCGAGCGUUGUGGCCAUCACUCAGACAUACACCACCACUGAGCCUUUCAUUGAUGCCAAAUACGACAUCAGGGUGCAGAAGAUCGGCUUUGAUUAUAAAGCCUACAUGAGAACAUCCAUCUCAGGCAACUGGAAAUCAAACACUGGAUCUGCCAUGCUGGAGCAAGUAGCCAUGACUGACAAGUAUAAGCUGUGGGUGGACACCUGUGCAGAUGUGUUCGGAGGACUGGAAAUCUGCGCCGUUAAAGCCAUUCAUGGAAAAGACGGGAAGGAUUAUAUCACUGAGGUGGUGGGCUCCUCGAUGCCUCUGAUUGGUGAACAUCAGAUGGAGGACCGUCAGCUGAUCACCGCCAUCGUUUUGGCCAAAAUGAACCACGAAUCCAGCCGUAUAUCAGUGUGUGCCCAACAGAGACCUGCAGCCACCGUACAGCCUGCACAGAGUCCUGCCUUAAAAGAAAGCCUGCCCGAGCCCAUCAAGACCCCGGGUCAGCGUCCCCCUCCUCAAGGGGGGGCAGUGAAACCCCAAGAGCCACAACCUAAGAGUCAAGAACCUACACCUGAGCCAAUCCCUGCCCAGGAACCUGUGCCCAAAGCAGGCCCAACCCCAACUCUGCCACCCACCACGCAGCAGCCCAAACCCCAAACCCAAGCGGCACCUGAACCCACUCCAGGGAAGCCAACGGAUCUGCCCCCCAAACCCCAACCUCCCAAACCUCUUCCCCCGAAGCCUGUGCCUCCUGUUCGGAGAAACUCCAAACCUCAGAUCCAACCAAAACCCCAAACCCCCCCUCCCGCUAAAGCUCUUCUGAAAGCAGACUCAGAUCAGGAUCCUGGUCAGAUCAAGCCAGAUUCAGUCCCUGCUCAAGAACAGUCCCCCGCCAGAGUUCCCAUUAAACCCCCGUCACCAGCUAAACCUCAGCUCCAGCCUAAACCAGUGCUCAGAGAGCAAGCCAAACCUGAGGCUCGAGCUCAGCCUGCCGCCCCAUCUGAAGCUGCAUCAGCCCCUGUUAGAGCCACUCCAGCCCCUGCCCCAGCUCCAGCUCCAGCCCAACCUCCUGUGGAGGAACAGCCGGCACCCCAGCAGAAGUCAUCCCAUCCUCUCUUGAACAAGUCCCAGUCCCUGACCAACGCCUUUAAUGCCUUCGGCGACACCUUCCGCUCCAGCAACGAGGACGAAGCAAAGGCAGAGACCAUCCGAAACUUGCGAAAGUCUUUUGCAAGCCUGUUCUCUGACUAAUGGCCAAAUCCCAAAACCACUGAGGGUGGCCAGGGACUCGUCCGACAGAUAUGCAUCCUGGUCUGAGGUUAACUCCAUGUAGCCGUGUACAUUCAACCUCUCCUCCCAACUCUGCUGUAAUUCUCCGAGUGUUAACUAAGAAGGUUAGAGUGAUGUACAGUGAUCGUUCUCGCCAGUUGUCUACAUAUUUGAGUCACUCUGCCUCAAAACACUGGGGUUUAUAUGAGGAGGGGAUGGCACGAUCAGUUGCAGGACGCUGGUGUACGCUAAAGUCGUCUAUAACCCUUCGAUGUCGUAGCUGUAACGUGCUAAUGUGUUUUCUUUACUCAGAGACAAACAUUUGUGACUAGUUUCCCUUGUUUAUCCCCUGUGUGUGUGGGUGUGUGCGUGUGUAUAGCUAGUUGCCGUGUUGUAAGCAUUAGCCAUUAGUUCAACAAUACCUCGGGAUCUUUAUAAACGCACUUUCCUAUUCAAGUUUCCUACGAAAAUCGUUGCUUGGAUUGGUCGGUUUCAACGCAGUGGUGGGAUUUCAGUGGGACGCCUGGUGUUUUAGCGACAUCCAGCUUGCAUCCAGCACUUAUCAACCCGUCCGGAUAUUCAUGAGUGCCAUGUUUAUAGUAUCUCCGCAUAUUGUAUCGUACUGUACGUUAAACAUCUCAGGAGUUUGAUUUGGGUGUGUGUUUAUUCCGGCGUCACUCUGUUCAUGUUGUGUUUUCUUUGUGCGCAGUGAUAUUGCUUUGCAUGACCCGGUGAUAAUUGUUUUCUCUGUACAAGUGUCAAUAAACAUGUGGCGCAUCAUUCCACUGA